AUGACGGCACCACCCCCUGCCCAUUUAGGCCAUCCAAAUGGUCACUCUAGCCAUGAGAGUACAGAUCCAACACUGCUCGCAAUUCUAGAAAUCCAAAGAAGGCAAGAGGCGGAUUUAAGGGGUCUUCAGCAGAGGAACCUAGCUCUAGAGUUUGAGAACUAUCAGCUACGGAACUUAAGGUCGAGGUCGAGAGGAUCUUCUAGCCGAGGGACAUCGGGACACCGAGGCCGAAUCGGGAAGGAUGUCCUGAUGAACGGCCAAGCUCACAGUGAUCCCUUGGUUAUCAGCCUGCUGAUUGAGGAAUUGGGGGUAAGAAGGAUACUAGUGGAUAGUGGGAGCUCAGCCGAAGUACUCUUCUACGACACGUUCAAGAGGAUGGAGUUGUCAGAUGAUAUACUCGUCCCAUCGACAUAUCGUAUCUACGGUUUUAAUGGGACCGUGACCAUCCCAAAGGGCGAAGUAACCCUAAGGGUAUCGGGUGGAGGUGGUUACCUAGAUACGUUAACUACAUUCUGUGUGGUCGAUGUCGCCUCGCUCUAUGAAGCUAUUAUCGGGAGAUCGUGGAUCGCGAGAAUCAAAGGAGUGGCAUCGGCUUAUCAUCAGAGGCUACGAUUCCCAACGUACAAGGGUAUAGCUGAGGUCGUGGGAGAUUCACAUGCAGCCCGACAGUGCAUGCAGGUCGAUGCCCAAAUAAAUGAGGAGCGGCGAGCACGACAAAGGAGAGAGAAGAACAAGGCUAAAGAAGCCAAAGCGGCAGAGGACUUGGAAAAAGUUAUUUCGCAGGCGGUCAUGGCGUACGAAACACAAGGAAGUGAACCUUCAUAG